AUGCUCAGCGAGUGCAAACAGGUAAAAUAAGUCCUCCAAGGUGUUUUCUGCUCUUUUUAAUUUACUCUUUUGACCUUCUGAAGAUGAGGAGUAUUUUUUGUUCCAACUCGGCAUUGGAUAAUAUAAUUUUAAAAUAAAGGAUAUUCUGGUACCUAAUUUAUUUCUUUCAGCGUCUGGAGCAGAUGCAUGUUGCCUUGGAGUAUUUAGAAGACCAGGAGAUCUUGGAUAUUGAUGAGGUUGACAACCAACAAUCGGCGUUUAUCAUCAACACAUUUGACGGCCAAAUUUUUGAUCAUCUCCAGGAGAAAAAUGCUCGGUAAGACCUUUGAUCUUUAUUAUUUUGCUCUGUUUAGAAUCUGGUCUCAUCAUCUGCUUUCCCAAUGUCUCAGUCAAUCCAAACCCCUUCCAAAAACGCCGCUUGUGUUACAUUCCUUGGCGUUCGAAGGCACAGCCAUCAGUUUGAGCGGGAUGAACAAGGAAAAGAAGACAGAAUUAAAGAAGAAGGCGGAGAUGAUGGGCGGAACUGUUCUUCCCAACUUUUAUUCGACCACGGACCUUCUGGUUGCAGAAACUCUUGACACAACCGCGCAGAAGUACUUGGUAAGCAGCCUCUUUUAUUAUUCAUCGUCUUUAGGCCGCCGUCAAAUGGAAGAUCCCGAUUGUCCGACCUGAAUUCAUCGACAAAGUUUGGAGUCAAUGUGCAAAUCCAACCUCAUUGAAGGACCCGAAGUUUCUGAAAGAGUACCGAGUACCAGUUUUCAAAGGGUGCAUUAUUUGUACCAGUGGUCUGAAUCCUCAAGAAAGAACUAUUGUAGGCCAGUUAGUGGAGAAUCAUGGAGGGAAAUAUGUCGCGGAGAUGGCCAAGGAUGUUUGCACGCAUUUGGUUGUGGUUUCGCCUGCGGGGGAGAAGUACAAAUUCGCUAGUUUGUGGGGAAUCAAGGUGUGUUGGAAGUCUAGUAUAAUAUAGCUAAUUUCUUGGAUAGUAUCAAUUUUAUUUGGGCCGUUUUGAUACUAAAAUAUUUGGAGUUUUAGGUAGUAACUCCCACUUGGCUACGACGCUGUGUUGAAACUGGUAUGCGGUUCCACGAACGCAAGUUUCAUCCGGACCCCGAAAUUGCCUCCAGAACGAGAAAAUCCGUCCAGAAACCCACUAAACCGACCGUGAAAGCUUGA